UUGCCCCAUGUUCAGCUAUCUACGUUCAGCGAGUGACGUCAUACAACUAGGAACGAAUUGCGAGCCCCGUCCAAUUCACCAGUCUUGAACAGAGCAGACGAUAGAUAAGACGUCAGUUGCUGCGCUCAGCAAAAUCAACAUAUCCGAAUCCAGUGAUUCCGGCCCAGUAGAAUAAAAGACCACAAACUCAAAAUGAAGAUUUUCCUAGGAACGAUUCUCAUAUUUGCUCUGCAUCUGUGUCAGGCUAGCAAGACGAUGGUCACCGACAAAGUCUACUUUGACAUCAGCAUCGACGAUGAACCAAUCGGUCGCAUUGUUAUCGGACUAUUCGGCCAGACCGUUCCAAAGACGGUAGCCAAUUUCGUGGCCCUGGCCAGUCACAGUGAAGGUUACGGAUACAAGACCAGCAUGUUUCAUAGAGUCAUCAAGAAUUUUAUGAUACAGGGAGGAGAUUUUGAGAAAAUGGAUGGUUCUGGUAGCAAGAGCAUAUAUGGAAAAUAUUUUGAUGAUGAAAACUUCGAGGUGAAUCAUUAUGGACCAGGAUGGGUUAGCAUGGCAAAUGCUGGUAGGAACACAAAUGGAAACCAAUUCUUUAUUACAACAGUAGAGACAGACUGGCUGAAUGGAAAACACGUUGUAUUCGGAAAGGUGGUGGAAGGAAUGGGCGUGGUUGAACAGAUCGAAAGCUUGGAUACGGACGGGAACGACAGGCCUGUAGCCAAUGCCGUCAUCGCCGAGUCUGGCGUGCUUCCCGUAGAUAAACCAUAUGACAUUAAUACCGUAUGAAAAUCAGACUCGUGGACAAUAGUGCUGCAGCCCGUUCAACCAUUGUCUUUCUCACACUAAUUUUUCGUACUAUUAUGUUGUCUAUACUGUUCCCAGGCUCGAGGCAGCAUCACUCUUUUUAUAAAUUGUCUAAUAAAUUAUUUUUUUGAAGUGGUUUUGCUGCCUAGUGCAUGGUGAUGUAUUUAAAUUCUUUGUGUGUGUCUCAUGAAAAAUAUUGUGAGAGUUGAAUGUACAGUGCCAAAUCAGUUUCCUAGUAAAACUCUAUAUUAACAUGAAUGAUAUAUUCUACUUAUUUGUAGUAUGAUUUGUAGUACGUAUGAUCGGAGUAUUGGCCACAGAGAUGUUGGCUGUGAACAAUAUGUUCUGGAUUAUUUGAUCGAAUCUUUUGUAUAAUUUUCAACAAUUGACAUACAGAAUCUCUGGAAGAUGUUUUAUAGAAAAGCACAGAUGCUGUUUUGGUUGAUGAUAAUCAUAGAAUCAAAAAGAUGUUUAUUAUUUAUCAUUGCUGGGCUCCUUUUCGGAAUUAAUUAGGGUUGAUGACUUCGCGCUUCAAACGAAAAACCCAGUACAUGAAAUAACAUUUUUGUUUUAGAUAUUUGAUCCAGUCAUAUGAAAUUGUGUGGUUGAACCUUGUCGUGACAAGAUAGAAUAAAUACAUGUCUAUUUCAUCAAGCA